AUGGAAACAGAAAACAAAGAUGAAAUAACAGUUGAACAAUCAACAACCACUGGUGAUGCUAUCGUUGUUGAUACACCAAAGAAAGAUCCAACAGAAGACUUUUAUAUGAGAUAUUAUAUUGGACAUAAAGGAAAGUUUGGUCAUGAAUUCUUGGAGCUUGAAUUCCGUAAUGGAGGAAAGUUAAGAUACGCAAAUAACUCUAGAUACAAAAGUGAACAAAUCAUUAGAAAAGAAGUCACUGUAAGCAAAGCAGUUUUAGAAGUUUUGAUAAAGAUGAUUGGAGAAUCAGGUGUCAUGCAAGAAGACGACAAGUUAUGGCCUGAACCAGAUGUAGUUGGUAAACAAGAAUUGGAAAUUGUAUUAAAUAACGAACACAUUUCAUUUACUACAACAAAAAUUGGAUCAUUGAUGGAAGUUGAAAAGAGUAAAGAUCCAGAAGGAUUAAAGGUAUUUUUCUAUUUGAUUCAAGAUAUCAAAUGUCUUGUAUUUUCAUUGAUAGGUUUACACUUUAAGAUUAAACCAAUUCAAUAA